CUAAGCCCCUAACCUUUCAAUCUCCAUCUGAAUCUUCCUCUCGUCGCCGCCGCCGCACUCGCAGUCCUCUUCGCCGUCGACCGUCGUCGUCUCCCCUCUCUCUUUCACUCGCCGCAAAGAUGGGUACAGCGGACGGUGAGGCAAAUACCCUCAACCUGUUCCUAUCUAUCGGAUUGGAUAAACGGACGGCGGAGAAUGUUCUCGUCAACCAAAAGGUCACCGCGAAUCUUACCGCCGUGAUCAAGGAGGCUGGUGUUGAUGGAUGCAGCAAGACAAUCGGAAAUCUUCUUUACAUGGUUGCGACGAAGUACCCAGCUAACGCACUAAUUCAUCGGCCCAGCCUUAUCCAGUAUAUAGUUUCGUCAAAGAUUAAGAACCAAGCUCAGCUAGAUGCAGCUUUAGCAUUUUUAAGUACUGUCGGACCUGAACCCUUCAAUUUGAAUGAAUUUGAAGAAGUUUGUGGUGUAGGAGUAGAUGUUUCAAUUGAAGAGAUUGAGUCAUCUGUUAAUACUGUUCUUGAAGAAAAUAUGAAUGCCAUAUUAGAACAGCGUUACCGUUUUAAUGUUGGCAAUCUGUGUGGGCAAGUCAGAAAAUGUCACCCAUGGGCUGAUGCCAAAAUCGUGAAGGAGUUGAUUGAUGCGAAGCUUUGUGUGAUUCUUGGUGAGAGGACAGCCGAUGAUGAUAAAAAACCUCUGAAAAAGAAGAAGGAAAAGCCUGUUAAAGUUGUGGAAAAAGCAAAUGAUGCAAUUGCAUGUGUUCCAAGUGUGGAGGAAGAAGUGAAUCCAUACUCGAUAUUUCCAGAACCUGCAGAAAACUUUAAGGUUCACACAGAGAUAUUUUUCAGUAAUGGAGAUAUCUGGAGAGCUCAUAAUACGAAGGAGAUCCUGGAAAAACAUCUUAAGUUUACUGGUGGGAAAGUUUUCACCCGCUUCCCUCCUGAGCCUAAUGGUUACCUACAUAUCGGUCAUGCUAAGGCAAUGUUUAUUGAUUUUGGUUUAGCAAAAGAAAGAGGAGGAUCAUGUUACUUGAGGUUUGAUGAUACAAAUCCUGAAGCUGAAAAGAAAGAAUACAUAGAUCAUAUCCAAGAAAUAGUACAAUGGAUGGGUUGGCAGCCUUUCAAGGUUACCCACACCAGUGAUUACUUUCAAGAGUUGUAUGAUCUAGCAGUGGAAUUGAUACGCAGAGGCCUAGCAUAUGUUGAUCAUCAGACCCCUGAAGAAGUAAAGGAGUAUAGAGAGAAAAAAAUGAACAGCCCAUGGAGGGAUAGACCUAUUGCAGAAUCAUUGAAGUUGUUUGAAGACAUGAGAAGAGGUUUGAUUGAAGAGGGCAAGGCUACACUCAGACUGAAGCAAGAUAUGCAGAGUGAUAACAAGAAUAUGUAUGAUUUGAUAGCAUACCGCAUUAAGUUUGCUCACCAUCCUCAAGCAGGUGACAAGUGGUGUAUAUAUCCUAGUUACGAUUAUUCUCAUUGCAUAGUGGAUUCACUGGAAAAUGUUACACAUUCACUUUGUACACUUGAGUUUGAGAUCCGCCGACCUUCAUACUACUGGUUACUGCUUGCUUUAGACCUUUACCAACCAUACGUAUGGGAGUACUCACGUUUAAAUAUUUCAAAUACUGUCAUGUCCAAACGGAAGUUAAACCGACUGGUAACAGAAAAGUGGGUGGAUGGAUGGGAUGAUCCUCGUCUAAUGACAUUAGCUGGGUUGCGACGUCGAGGAGUCUCUUCAACAGCAAUUAAUUCUUUUAUCAGAGGAAUUGGAAUUACUAGAAGUGAUAAUAGUAUGAUACGUGUUGAUCGCCUUGAACACGACAUUAGAGAAGAACUCAACAAAACUGCACCAAGGACCAUGGUGAUUCUACAUCCUCUAAAGGUGGUUAUCACAAAUCUUGAUGCUGGUUCAGUUAUAGAUCUUGAUGCAAAGAUGUGGCCUGAAGCUCCAUCAGACGAUUCUUCUUCAUACUACAAGGUUCCCUUUACAAACAUCAUUUAUAUAGAGCAAUCAGAUUUUCGUCUCAAGGAUUCGAAAGAUUACUAUGGGCUUGCACCUGGCAAAUCUGUCCUCCUCAGAUAUGCAUUCCCUAUAAAGUGCACAGAAGUAAUAUAUGGGGAUAACGACACUAUCCUUGAGAUUCACGCUGAGUAUGAUCCUUCAAAAAAAACAAAGCCAAAGGGUGUUCUUCAUUGGGUUGCUCAACCUUCCCCUGGCGUUGAACCCAUCAAGGUGGAGGUCAGGUUGUUUGAGAAAUUAUUCCUAUCCGAGAAUCCUGCUGAGUUGGAGGAUUGGUUAGCAGAUCUCAAUCCAUGUUCCAAGGAGUUAAUUCCUGAAGCAUAUGCCGUCCCCUCUCUUGCCAGUGCUGUGUUGGGCGACAAGUUCCAGUUUGAGAGACUUGGCUACUUUGCUGUUGAUACGGACUCUUCACCAGAUAAGCUGGUGUUCAACAGAACCAUCACCCUCAGGGAUUCAUAUUCCAAGUCUGGAAGCAAGUAAAUCUCGCUUUGACCUAAAUUAAAGCAUAUUGACCUGAAAGCCGCACAAGAAUCGAUUGAUUUAGUGUUAGUUCUUUUGGAGGGAAAAAAAAGACAUAAAUCAGUUGCAAGAUCUGUAUUUAGUUAUUUUCAUUUCGUCGUGUAAAUGUACUUGUAAGGGAAUACAAACAUAAUACUCAACUUAUUUAUACUGUUUAUUGCCAUUCACAAAGAUUUAUCAGGCCAAUGAUGGCCCAUUACAACA